AUGGGUGAUAAUAUUGCCAGAAAUAAAUCUCAACGGUGGGUGAGCGCCUCGAAAGCGAAUUACGACGGUGCUGAUUGGGAUGCCUAUAGUUCAAAUUCCGAAGACGAAGAUAACCUUGACAAGCAACCCCCACUACCCAAUGCAGCAAACCUCACCAAUAUGAAAGAUGAGGGUAGUUUAGUAUCACUGGAACCUGUUUCUUCCAAUUCUAAACGCUCGGCUUCCAGAAACACAUCUGUCAGAUCUGGAAACAAAUCUGUUAACGAAGACUUGGAUUCUUUGAUGCACCAAAUCUCGCAAGAAAUGACUCCACAGCAUAGCGAUCCUAAUGUUAGCAGUGAUAUGGAGGACGAAUUUGAUUCAGAGUUGAAGGUUUCAAAAACUGGGUACUUUGCAGCAUAUGUUGAGGAUGAAGAUUCUGACGUUGCGAAUUCGUCUCCAAGUCGUUCAAAUUCCGUCAAACAACAUUCUUUGACUAAUAAUAUAUCUAUUGAGCAAGUUCAAGAAAAGCCAGCUGAGAAAGAUGUUGUGAUAUCAGAUGAAAAUGCAGAUGAAAAUGCAGAUGAUAAGGAAGCAGCUUCAUCCAUUGCUGAUGCUGACGGUCACCAUAGCGAACAAGAAACUAAGCUCACAAAUGAUGAGCCACAAUAUAUGAAACAACAAGAGAUAAAAUCUAAAAAUGUUGAGCUCGAAGUUAAUGAACCCAAAUAUGUGGAACAACAGAAUCUGGAUAACCAAAAUGUUGAAAGUCAAGAACUAAAGCAACUAGAUGAAGAAAAUCCUGAAGCCGAGCAGAAGGCUGAGCAGAAGGCGGAAGAACAUAUCGUAAAUCAAGCAGAUUCAUACGAUUAUAACAAUCGAUCAAAGGAUCUUGAAAGUAACGAUUCAGAUUCGCUACUUAACGAUUACGGAUCGGAAUCAUCGUCACCUAAGAAGAAUACUAAAUCGGAUUUUGUACUGCGGAAAACUUCUAAAACUGAUCUUUCCUAUUAUGAAGCGUAUUCUUCGGACGAAUCUGAUGAACAAACAGGUGGAAAUGCACCUUUUUCAGCUGUAUCCUAUGGAAAGCAGGACCCUAAUUCGGCAGAGUCAUUCAAAUUCAGAAAUAGAGUUAGAGAUUCUGUGCUAGAUUCCAGUGACGAUGAUCUGGACUAUUCGGAUAACGACGAUGAAUUAAAAGUGGCCAACGAAGGUUAUUUUGCUAACAUAGUGAAAGAAGAAGAGGAAGGAGAAGGAGAAGAAGUUAAUGACCAAUCAGAUGCAGAAACGAUAAAAUCUAAAUCUUUUGAGUCUGAUUCUGCUAAACCUGAGCCUCAUUUAGAUACUAUUGAUAAUGGUAAGAGUGACAUUCCUGAAGAUCAUGGACUUGACAGCGAAGAAUCUGAAGAGGAUCUAAACGAUGUCAAUUCGAUAACAAAUAGUAUAACUAAGAGUUUGGAUGAAACUUCUUUGAAAACAUCAGAUGAUACUAAACAUCAAUUUGGUGCUGGCGGGAUGGAUAUUGAAUAUUCCGAUAGCUCUGACGAGGAAGAUGAUAGAAGUUCAGAUAUGUUACCUUCAACAAGAGAAUCCAUCAAUUUAGGUAAGUGGAAGCCUGAUACGGAUGCGUUCAGGUCUGGUUUUGUUACUGAAACAAUCGAUGUGAACAAUCCUCCAGAAGGAUACGUUGUAAAUGAAAACGGUGAAAUUGUGGAAGAAAGCCAAAUAAACGCAUCAUCAGUUCAACGUAGUGCAACAGUGACUUCCGAUUCGGAAAGUAGAUUUGAAGCUUUCCCCCAUGACCAAAGUGUAGAUGAUGAAGACAUUCGAACGAUUGCAGAUACUAAAACAAUAUACGAUAAUCAAACAUUAUACAAUGUGCCUGCGGUAAUAGCGAAUAAUGUUUCAGCACCUGCGCUUCCUACAAACAUUAAGGUUGCAAAUGAAUCAUCUGACUUUAUUUCAAGUGAUGAUACUAUUCUCAAACAUGUUAACGGGGAAAAGCCACAAAUGGAAUCAAAGCUAAAAGAAUCUUUCAAACAAGAAGGAGACGAAUUCCCAGCUGCCCAUCAUAAAACUCAGAUACCCGAGUUAAACUUAGUACAACUAAUAGAUAGUAAAGAACCACAUUCUCAAAAACUAAGGAAAUUAAGAGAGUAUAAUGAACAAUUGAAAGAAUAUGAUACCGGUCUUCAAGGUUGGAUCAACUAUGCUCUCAAAUCAUCUACGAACGCGGAUAAGGAUUUCAUUUUCAAAGACUAUAAGGUGAAUAAGCAUGUGCAAGAUGCAUAUGCGCAAGCCGAUGUUCUGAGUAAAAAGAACAGUGUUGCAAAUACAGUCAACCAAAACGUAACCCACUUGAAGAAGAAGAUGUUCUCAAGUAGUAUGAGGGAAAAGUCAAAAGGUUUGUUUUCUUCGAUAGGUAAAAAGUUGUAG